AUGUUUCUGUUCGAUGUUGAAAAUAAUCUGAAUCGUUUAUUAACAUUAUCGAAACCUUCAAUUCAAUAUGUGCCUGAUAUUUUAUCUAAACUCAAGAAGUUGCAUUCGAAGCAAAUCGAAUUAGAAGAGAAAUUCAAUCAGAUUGGAAAUGAAAUCGAUAAGUCAUCGUAUCAGAUCUUUCGUAAAUAUCUCUGGAACUUUUGCUCGGAUGUGUAUGAUUGGAGAUCACUCGCUCGUUCGCUCUAUCGCCUUGAACAGUUGAUUCAACAGCUGGAGAAUUAUCAACUUCGAGAGAUAAUCGAGAAAGAUUUCAAAAUUUUGUUCAGGGAAUUUACAUUGCUUAUCAAAGAUUUAAUUACUAUGCAAAUCAAAUCGGAAACACGACAAAUAGAUCAAUCGAUCGAAAAGUUGAAGAUGUGCAUGAAGAGUCUCAAAGAAUCCGUUCGCACUGCCCAAAAACGCGUUUAUCAAUGUCAGACAGAUGUUAAUAUCCUUGAAAGAAUUCUUCAAGCUGCUGAUAACAUCGAUUUUGAUUCCAAAGCCUUUGAUCAACAAGAUCAGGUGAAUAUUAAUUUAUUGAAAUUACAAGAUAAUCUCAAGGAAAAAUCGACGAAAAAUGAUCUAAUCAAGUUCAGAAUGUAUAUCGAUCAGCAAGUGAAAAGAUUAAUCGAAUUGAAUAAACAAAAUGCAAAAGAAUUAGAACAGAUUAAACGUAUGAAAACUGCGUCAUGUCAAGCUCAUCAAAUGCAAACGUUUCUUUCGACUGACCUCCCUUCGAAUGUCAAACCGCAUCGAAUGUCUUCAUAUCAAAGUUCGCAACCUUACAGAACAUUUGAACUUGAAGAAAUUCGUCGAUAUCAACGACAAGCUUUGACCAGAUCACCCUACGGAACGAUUCCAUUGUAUCGACGACAAGCGUGGGCAGCAGCGAAUCUAUUUCCGAAUCAUUCAUUACAUUUCUUGCGUUAUAUGCAAAAUUCGCUUCGCAUGCAAAUACAUCAAUUGUUAGGUUACAGUCCAUCGGAUAUUUAUUGUUUAAAUCGACUGAAACAAGGUGAUAGACGUGUGAAGAAGGAAAUAUUUCGUCAGACUCAAGAGAUUUCGAUUGUGGGGACUAACAAUCAAUUGUAUCGCUGUCGGAUUGACUCCUGUGAAACGAUGAGGGUGACAAAUGCGAAGCAGGCGAAAACGAAAGUAAAAAUGACCGAAGAUGAAAAAGCGGAAAAUAUGAAAAUUAAUUUUGAUGAAUUUGAUCCGCUAAGAAACACAUUGCCGAAUGAGCAUUUAUUCCAAUAUUUAGAUUGGCAGUCACAUUUCAAUGAACAGGAUCUAUCAAACGAACUCUGUAGAGAACUUUUCGAUCAUUGGCAGACAGUUGUAUGUGAAGAGCAACCAUGCCAGUGUAGAUCUGAAGAAGAACAUCAAUCGGACGAAAUCCAAUCGAUUGGCAGCAGCGAUCAUCAUCAUCAUCAUCAGUGUAUUUGCAGGGAAUGUGCAUGCAGUUGCGAGAAAUACUUCGAAAAUGAAGAAUCAAUCGAUGAGGAUACACUACCGAUCAACGAUAGUAUCGAAGAAAUUGCACUGGAUCAGUCGAACGAUGAAAUCAUUGAAAAUGUAUCAAUUGCAAAGCCAGUAGAAGAAAUAGCUCAAUCAGAUUGUUUUAUUAAUCGCGACGAUGAGUGGACAAGACAACUUGAUCCUUUCUCAAGUGCACAUUUGGCAUGCAUUUCGAAUUCGUUUGAUCUAGAUGAUCCGAUCGCUUUUCGUCAAGAAAUCUUCAACCGUCAUUGUCGUUCGCCUCAUUAA